CGUCACUCGCGCCCCAGCCGGGUAGCCAAUCCGCAGCUGGCCCAGCUGUUGCCCUGGACGCUCUGACUGUUAGGCCAGCGCUUGCACGGGAAGGGCAGAGACCCAGCCUGGCUGUCCUGGUCCCAGGAUUCUCCAGGGUCGCCCUGCCACGCGCGCAGAGACACCGCCAGAUUCCAUGAGCUCCCAACAUGAACCGAAAGAAAUUGCAGAAGUUGACGGACAACUUAACUAAAAAUUGCAAGCACUUUAAUAGAUCUGAAGUGACAUGUCUCAUAAAGCUUUUCUAUAACUUGGUUGGAGAUGUAGCAGAGCGACCAGUUGCAGUUGUUGGACUAGAUCGUAACGCAUUUCGGAACAUCCUACAUGUAACAUUUGGAAUGACAGAUGACAUGAUUAUGGACAGAGUAUUCCGAACUUUUGAUAAAGACAAUGACGGCUGUAUAAAUGUAUCGGAGUGGGUUAAUGGAUUAACAGUGUUUCUUCGAGGAUCCUUAGAUGAAAAAACGAAAUAUUGCUUUGAAGUAUUUGACUUGAAUGGGGACGGCUUCAUUUCAAAGGAGGAAAUGUUCCACAUGUUGAAGAACAGCCUUCUGAAACAGCCAUCAGAGGAAGACCCAGAUGAAGGAAUUAAAGAUUUGGUUGAAAUAACACUUAAGAAAAUGGAUUAUGACCAUGAUGGGAAGCUAUCUUUUGCAGACUAUGAAAAAGCUGUGAGAGAAGAGACUCUUCUGUUGGAAGCCUUUGGACCAUGUCUACCUGAUCCAAAGAGUCAGAUGGAGUUUGAAAGCCAAGUAUUCAAAGAUCCAACUGAUUUCAGUGAUAUGUGAAUUCUAAAUGCGCAUUGUUUGAAGUGAGUACUAAAGAAGGUACAUCUGUAGUUUAUUUUUUUCUACUUAGCUCAGAAAUAUGGUGUUGAAUUGUGCAUCUGGGGGUGGUGAUGGGGCUCACUUCCAUAUAUCACUUAACUCUGGUAUAAGGUGCAAGUAAAGCAGAGUAGAUAGUAGACGACAAGUUUCUUGUUAGAGGGGAUCUUUCUAACAAACAUUAAUAUUUCCAAUAUUAGUUUAGUUGGGUUGGGUAUGAUUAGUUAACAUUCCUAGAUAUAUUUUCUCAUAUAGACUAUCUUUUCAAGAACAUAACUGUUGUAAAAUAUCUGGAUUCAUUAAAUUAAUGGACAGAUUAUGUAAUUAUCAAUUAUGAAUACAAAUAUUCUUCAUGUCAGAAAGAGGUUAGGUAUACUUUGAAAACUCAUUGAAACUACUGAAUUUCCUUUGGAGAAGGUUGGCAUCAAAAAUAAUACUUGCAUUUAGCACCUAAACACACUUCUGACAGGAACUAGGGCAGAUUUAGAGAAAUGAAAGUUAUACUGAGGCUUUUUAAUAUGAUUUAUGUGGUUGUGUGAGGCUUUGCUUAAUCAUUUUACCAGCUUGUAAGUGUCAAGGGCAGGGAUUUUAUCCUCACACAUCUUUAUGUCUGCCAUAGCAGUUAGUCUUCUGCAUUUCGUGGGCCCUCUAUAGGUGCUGUCCAUUGGAUUGAAAGCUGAAUAUCACUGCAACAUAAGUACAGACUUACGGUGACCAGAGAAAGAGGAACAGGUUCUGUUUCUUAACCUUAAUGGCUAAUGAAUGGGCAGUUUUCAGUUAAUUUUGGAGUCAUUCACCUUCGAUGCCUUUGGGUGUCAAAGUCCUCCUCCCCUCUGUUCUCAGUGUCUCUCCACCCUAACCCUCCUCAGGGUCCCCUGGAACUGCCUGACUGCAUUGCAGUGUCAUAGUCCCCCACGGCCUGGAUUCCUCUUCUGAAUGUCCUCAUCAGGGAUAGUAUAUAUUUUGUGCUAAGUGUGUCCACCAGCUGUAAACUCCAGAAGACACAUCUUCCUUCUCCCUUUAGCUAUCCUGCAGCAGAUGCUUGUGGGCAUUAUAAGCAGGAGAAAGACAGGGCCUAGUUAGCUUUAUGUGAGCUCCUUUCUAACACAUGUAAGCAGCUGAGAGAAAUAGACAUGAUAUCUGCUGUCAUUUAGAUUUUGUUACUACACAUGCACUAUUAAAUGUAAACAAAUAAGUAUAUUCUGUGAAAAACUGGGCUGUUAAUAAUGAAUAGAAUAAGCAAUUCUGUGAAAUAAAAAUAUUUCACUGUGUAUUUUCUAAAAAAUUUAGCUGCUUGUAUAGAUGGGAUUUGACACAAUUCUUCUAUUUGCAGUUGGUAUAAAUAAUACAUCACACAGUGUUUUAAAUUUUCCACCUUUGCUUUUAAUUAACAAAUAAAAAUUUUGUAUGUUUAA